AUGCCUUUAGUUUUAACCAAUGCCAAUUCUGCCGACGAUGCCAUCCUACGUGCUCAGGGCCACAAGGCUGCGAUGCCUCGUCUCUUCUCAAUCGUGUCCACAAUGGGACUGAUGUUUUGCAUUAUGAAUGCAUGGGUCGGUUCUCUGAGCACGUUUGGGCAGAACUUGCGAUACGGUGGACCACUUUUGGUCAUCUUCGCGGCUUUGAUAGCUGCAUUUGUUCAAUGGACAGUGACAUUAGGCCUGUCAGAGCUCGCCUCUGCAUUCCCGAGUUCUGGGGGUCAAUACCAUUUCAUGUACAUCCUGGCGCCCGAGAAAUGGAAGCGCUUCAGCGCUUUUGUGAUAGGGUGGAUGACGGUUCUAGCUUGGUGGUUUGCUACGUCUGCUGGCCUUUCCCUGGUCGCAGUUGCGUCUACUGGACUGGCCGCCUUCAUGGAUCCAAGCUAUACACCCAAGAAUUGGCAUAUCUACCUCUGCUUUCUCGCAAUGGCCUUUUGCUCAGUUAUCCCUAUAUUUGCGUUCCCAAAAUCGGUUCCAAAAAUCACAGCUGGCUCAAUGUACCUUAGUCUGGGCGGUUUCGUGGCAUGGUUCAUUGUGCUACUGGCCACAUCAUUGCGGACUAACGAUGCUUCGUUUGUUCUCGCAUCAGACCCGGGCGUCAGUGGCUGGAACCAAGGAGCUGCAUGGUUAUUAGGCAUCACCAACGCCAUGUACAACUUCGGGGGAUCAGAUUCACCCAUCCACAUUGCAGAAGAGAUGCACAGUCCCGGGCGAAAGUUGCCGAUCGUUAUGAACACUACUAUGCUGAUCGCGGUUCUGACCGCUGUGCCUAUGAUGGCUGCGGCUAUGGUCAAGAUAACAGACACGGAGGCAGUCAUGAACUCUGUUUUCCCCGCUGUUGAGCUCAUGUAUCAGGCGACCGGGAAUCGUACAUUGACCCUAGUCAUGGCUGUUUGGCUGAUUAUCGUGUACAUGUCUUGUAUGCCGCCCCAAUUCAUCACCGCUGGUCGCGUCACCUGGGCUUUUGCAAGAGACAAAGGCACUCCAUACCACGAGUUCUUCUCGCACAUCGAUCCAAAACUCCAAUUCCCGGCAAGGUCUACAUUGCUAGCACUGGUGUUCAUCUCCUUCUACGGCUUGAUAUAUAUGGCUAGCACAACGGCAUUCAAUUCCGUCAUCACGUCGGCCGUACUCUUUCUCAACAUCACUUUGGUAGCACCUCAAACCAUGCUCGUUCUGCGUGGUCGAGAGAAGAUGCUCCCUGAGCGGCCCUUGAAACUCGGAUAUCUCGGUUAUUUCUGCAACAUUUUCUCCACGCUCUGGAUUUUCGUUCUAGUGGUCCUGGUCUGUAUGCCUCCGGCACUCCCGGUAACAGUAGCGUCUAUGAAUUGGACCCCGCCAAUCCUCGUCGGGCUAUUCCUUCUUAUAACUGUUGGCUGGUUUACCUUCGGGACGAAACGAUUCGAGGGACCGAAGAUUGAUUGGGAGCUGCUGAACCAGGCGAACGAAAUGCAGACUGGGUUACACAUAGGGCGCAAAACCCACACCUAG